AUAAGGAAGCGCGCAGAGUGCGGCUGGCUUUGACGCUGCGCAACCGGAGCGCUUUCGCUUUCCCGGACCCCUCCGGUCUCGCGCCCGCAGCUCCACCUGCCACGAUCCUAUUUUGAAGUCUUCUGAGCCGACGUUCGUCACCAUAGAGGGAAUCUGUCUGAUGCAUGAAAACAGAGGUGGUGUUAAUACUACCAGAGAAUGAGUUAUCCGGGGUAUCCUCCUGCUGGUGGGUAUCCACCUGCUCCAGGCAGUAGUCCCUGGGGAGCUCCCGGCUAUCCUCCUUCAAACCCUCCCCCAAUUGGGCUUGAAAAUGUUGCCAGCUAUGCUGGCCAGUUUAAUCCAGAUUAUAUGAGCGGCAUGGCUUCCAACAUGUCAGGAACGUUUGGUGGUGCCAACGUGCCGCAGAGUAUGUACCCACCAGUCCCUGGUGGCUAUCCCCCGGCUGCUCCAGGGGGCUUCGGCCAAACGCCACAAGGACAGCACCCACCUCCAGGGGGCUUCGGGCAGCCCCCACAAGGGCAGCAGUCUGGGUACGGCAUGUACCCCCCGCCUCCAGGAGGAAACCCUCCCUCAGGAAUGCCGUCUUACCCAGCCUAUCCUGGGGGGCCCAUGCCACCCGCAGGGCAGCAACCCCAACCAAUGACAUAUCCUGGACAGCAGCCCAUGCCGGGCUUUCCUCCUGGCCCAGCUGUUAAUCCUUCGAUGCCAUCCUAUCCCGGACCUGCAAUGCCCAGCGUGACUCCUGGAAAGUCUGGAAACCGAGGCACCAUCUAUGAUGCGCCUUCAUUUGACUCCCUGAGGGAUGCAGAAGUGCUGAGGAAAGCCAUGAAAGGAUUCGGCACUGAUGAGCAGGCGAUCAUAGACUGUCUUGGAAAUCGUUCGAACAAGCAACGGCAGCAGAUCCUGCUCUCAUUCAAAACAGCGUAUGGAAAGGAUUUGAUCAAGGACCUGAAGUCUGAGCUCUCUGGAAACUUUGAGAAGACCAUCCUGGCAAUGAUGAAGACACCUGUCCAGUUCGACGUUCAUGAAAUAAAAGAUGCGAUCAAGGGCGCUGGCACCGACGAAGCCUGCCUGAUAGAAAUCUUGGCAUCUCGCAGUAACGACCACAUCCAAGAAAUCAGCAGGGCUUACAAAACAGAAUUUAAGAAAACUCUGGAGGAAGCCAUCCGAAGUGACACGUCUGGGCACUUCCAGAGACUUCUAAUCUCACUUGCUCAGGGAAACCGAGAUGAAAGCACCAGCGUGAACAUGUCAGUUGUCCAAGGGGAUGUGCAGGCGCUCUAUGCAGCAGGAGAGAGUCGGCUUGGGACGGAUGAAUCCAAGUUCAACGCCAUUCUCUGCACCAGAAGCAGAGCUCACCUGAGAGCAGUUUUCAGUGAAUACCAGCGAAUGUGUAACCGUGACAUUGAGAAGAGCAUCAGCAGAGAGAUGUCUGGAGACCUUGAAUCUGGAAUGCUGGCUGUAGUCAAGUGUAUGAAGAACACCCCCGCUUUCUUUGCCGAGAGACUGCACAAGGCCAUGAAGGGAGCUGGGACCAAAGACAGGACUCUUAUCCGAAUCAUGGUUUCACGCAGCGAGGUCGACCUGCUGGAUAUACGCCAAGAGUACAAGCGGAUGUACGGCAAAUCGCUCUACACAGACAUCACGGGUGACACUUCAGGGGACUACCGGAAAAUCCUGCUCAAACUGUGUGGUGGAAAUGACUAAGUGUCUCAGGCUUGGAUUUUUGUUUAAAAAUACCAACUAUCAUCACAGUGCCAUGUUGGAUAAACAAUUCUCACUAUAUUCCAUUCAUUAACUGUAUAAUAAAUACAGAAAUAAAUUCUGCUAUAAUAGAGGCUGCUGAACGGGAUCCUUGCAGUUUGGAGAUAGGACUUUGCUCCCAUGUUCCUCAGUCUGAGAGCUGUGCAGCAUGGCUUAUCUUCCUGUUGGAGGUGUGGGGAAGGGGCACCCUCUUUUUGUGUGCACAAAUAUCUCUAUAGCUUUGUUCUUGAAAACGGCAAGAUGUCUGAUGCUUGGCGAGUUUGCUAUUUACACGCUUCCUGUAGUCUGCAUCAAAAGUGCCUGUUCUGAAAAAGGGUUGUGUGGUUUUUUCAGGCUUUGUUCAUUCAUUACCAGCCACACUCCGUUCUCCCACAGGCAGAAUAAGGAGGGAAGAGGGAGCAGCUUCUUUGCUAUUAGAAGGUGGGAUUUUCCUCUCUGAGCACUGGAAGGAGAAUGGAAAUGGAGAACUGCAGAAUCAGGGAAAAACUGGCUGAGAUACUAAAUCUGUCAUUGGGAAGCAGCUUGGUGUCUGUGUGUGUGUGGUUGUUGCUGUUUUUUUUAAUCAGUGGGAGCUUUUAUCGCUGGGAGGGUUUUCAUCGAGAUAGUGGCAGAAAAGAGAAGGGUUCAAAUCCCCUGGCUGUACAUUGUGGUCCCAGUGCAAAGUCUCAUCCCAAGCUGCCCAUAUUAUAAAAUUUUAAAAACCUGACUGGCUUCCUGUAGCAUUACAUCUAAUUUGGCUCUAGUUCUGCAGUAAAAUAUCUGUUUGCACCUUCCUUUCUUGGUGGAGAGAAGUGGGUGAUUUUGCAGUAAAGAAGGGCUUGGUUUGUUUGCAUCCCUAGGUUACACACAAAGGCAUCCAAACUAUUGCACAGUCUCAUUCACUGAACUGAAAUGUACUCAGAGAGGAAUGGAAAUUCCACAUUUAAUGCACCUCUUUUGCAAAAAUAUGCACCAGAGUCUCCCUUUGAUUUUAAUGUCUUGUCAUUCUUGGCUUUUCCCAGUUGAAUCACUGACUUUAAAUGAACUCAGCUUUGACUAGAAAUCAUUGAAAGAGUCAGAAAACCUUGCAUACGAGAGCAUGUCAGCUUCUUUUCUUUUCAUGGUUUUUGAAUUGUGCCUUUAAAAUCGAAUAUAUGUAAUUUUUAAUGAAGCAGAUUUGUAUAAAUAAAGCAAUCUAUCUUCUAAA